ACUCUGAUGUCACAUGCCGUUCGGUCUGCGCAGCGCCGCAUUACGUUGCACGCAUUUAAUAUGUAGUUCCGGUCUCUUACCAAAAGAGGUCGCUGAAAAACCGAAAACGGCGUUUUGAUUUAGACCCUGCACGUUGAGUUUACACGUCGGCCAUAGCUGUUCGGCGAAAAGAAACUAAACUUAAUAACUUCAUCUGGAUAGCCUACUACUUAAUUUAUAUGAGUCGACAAUAAAUAAUCGCUUGUCAAUCAAACCAUGUGUAUCUGGAUUUACGACGUCGCAGGUGGCGCUUCAGGUAGGUGGGGAAUCUCAUUCUUCAUCAUCGCAGGAAUGUUUGAGUCAAGCAGCAUCAUCAUCAGCAGCAGCAGGUGCACGCGCAUCCCUGUCUGUUCUCAUGGAGUUAAAAACAGCUGUAUGAUUCACCUGCACGACAUCAAGAAACAGCGUUUGAUUGACUUUACGCUUGUGUGUUGCGGGUGUUAUAAGGAUGGAGAAAGCUCAGUACGGAUCUCUGGAUCAGACCGAACACUGCGGACACGCGCUCAAACAAGCUGAAGAAGAUGUGGUGUCCAUGGCUGAUUCCACCAUCACAGUGGAGGACAUCGAGGGGGAGCUGUUUAAAAUCGAGAGGAUAAAGGAUGCGUUGGUCCGGAAAGAGUCUGAGCUGAGAUACAUGAUGGAUGACAUCCAGUUGUGUAAGGAGAUCACAAGACUCAAAAAGGAACUUCAGAAACUGGUUUCAAUCCCAGAUAAAGACAAGUCCAAUGAGGACAGACAGCGUGAGGAAGAGCUGCUGCAGCAGAUCCAGAAGCUGGUGGAGACGCGAGACUUUCUGGUGGAUGACAUGGAGUUCGAGAGGCUGAGAGAGAGAGAGGAAGAUAAAGAGAUGGCUGAUUUCCUGCAAACCAAAUUUCCCAACAGGUGCAGCAUGAAACGUCGCACAAAGGACAAGCGCAUGACGUCCAGAGCCCAGCAAACCUACGUGACCAAAACAGGCGUCGCACUGCUGAAAGAAUGCUGUGGUUUUACCUGCUCCAUCAUGUAGGUUUAUUAACAUUAACCAAGAGGAAACAAGCACUCACCAGUGAUUCAUCACAAUAUUUCCGUGCACACUUUUGGUAUAACAGACUGCAGUGCAUGACCGCCCAACUGAUGUGCGUAUUAUCCAGAAUAAUGAACCUAAUGGAAGAAUCAUCCAAAUUAAGUUUUAUCAGCGUAAUUAGGUGACACUGUGUGUCCAUUUCCACAAUUAAAACCGGAGCUGCUUUAAAGAUGACAACUUGCCUUAGACUAAAGUACCUGUAGCUCAUACGGUAUAGUGAAUUUUUAGUGAAUAUUGCAUCUAACGCUGGCCAAACCACAAUGAAUUUCAUCACAAAUACACACAUUGUCCUUGGGUGUGUUAUAUAAAGCUGUCUCACAGUUUCAAUUGCCAACUUGGCAGCUUACAGAAAGAGUAAAAGAAGAUAUUUGGACACGAUCAGGAUUAGUAUAAAAUACUUAAGUACAUCUGUGUUUAGGAUAUAAAAGAACAACUCUUUUAAUUUUGAUGUGCAUUUAAAGUGCAUUUUAAGAUGUGAGUAAAUGUUUUACAGUGUCUGAAGAUAAAAUAACAAACUUUAAAAAAAUUGUUUAACCUCCUAAGACCUGGUGUGUCCACAUACGUCCACAUUUUUUGCUGGAACCUGUUGUAAACAAACGUGGACAAUUACACUGCUUCAUGUUCAAAGAAAAUAUUUGGUUAUUAUAUUUAUUGGUUCUUCGUAACCCCAAAUCUGGAAGAAAUCUAAAACGCAAGCCAAACCAUAGCUCGGGUCUUAGGAGGUUAAAGACUUUGGAUCUACUUGAAAAGCAGUUUAACUGAAGUGGGACUGCCAAAACAAAUUUACUGAGUUUACAAAUGCUGCACCUUUUUAAUUUACUUUGAAUCUUACUUGUUAACUAAAUUACUGAGUUUUGUUCUUGUGAUGCUCAGUUUGUUUUGACAUAUAAAUGUCAAUUGAAAAAAAACACGUAUUUAUAUUUGACCUAUUACGUUUGAUUUGUCACUAUAGGCCUGUAUCUUUCCUUACUGUAAUGUGAUCUAGUAUUCUGUACAAAUUAUAUAUUUGUGAUGCAUAAUAUUUAAACUAAGCAGUGUUUAUUAAAAAAAAAAAUUAUAUUUUGUCUUUACCUUAAAAAAGUGGAAAAAUGGUGAGAAAUGUGUACUUAUAAAUGCAAGAUAUUGAAACAUAAUGCAAAUAAGGGCAAAAGCUGCAAUGUACUUGUACAGUAGAUGUAUGUGGUUUGGUUCUGCAAAAUUAUAUUUGUGCUAAUGCUUCUGUUAUUAGAUUUUCAUGCAUCUAAAUGAUAUUUUUCCACCAAUAAACAUAAAUAAAUUCUG